ACGGUACCUAAAAUUGAUAUUUAUAGAUUGGUAAAAUGUUGCUAAGAACUCUUAAGAAUCUGAUGCGACCCGGUCGCCAAUGUAUGUCCACAUCAUCAGCCCAAAUUGCCCUCUCGCCCUACAAAUAUCACAAACUAGAACCUGAAAUCCCCGAAACAGGAACCCUGACAGCCGAUGAAGCGAGAGACUUGUAUUACAAAAUGGCAGUGAUAAGACGCAUGGAAACUACGGCAAGUAAUAUGUACAAAGAAAAGGUAAUCAGAGGGUUCUGUCACUUGUAUUCUGGGCAAGAAGCUAUUUGUGUUGGUCUGAAAGCAGCUAUGGAGCCACAAGACAGUGUCAUCACGGCUUACAGAGCCCAUGGCUGGACAUAUGCCAUGGGCGUCGAAGUAGAAAAAGUGCUCUCGGAACUAACAGGACGAAAAAAUGGAUGUGCAGGCGGAAAAGGUGGUUCUAUGCAUACAUACGCGCCCAAUUUUUACGGUGGAAACGGAAUCGUAGGAGCUCAAGUUCCUCUUGGAGGUGGAAUAGCAUUUGCUCACAAAUACAGAGAAGAUAACGGUGUGUGUAUAACAUUGUACGGAGACGGAGCUGCGAACCAAGGUCAAGUUUUCGAGACAUAUAAUAUAGCUGCUUUGUGGAAACUUCCUUGUAUUUUCAUCUGUGAGAAUAACCAGUACGGAAUGGGAACUUCGGUCGAAAGAGCCAGCGCGUCUACUGAUUAUUAUACUAGGGGGGACUACAUUCCGGGCAUUUAUGUAGAUGGUAUGGAUGUGUUAUCGGUGAGAGAAGCGGGAAAAUGGGCUCUUGAAUACUGCAGGUCUGGUAAGGGACCACUGGUGAUGGAAAUGAAAACAUAUAGGUAUUUUGGUCACUCGAUGAGCGACCCAGGCACGAGUUACAGAACCAGAGACGAAGUUCAAGAGGUCCGGAAAAGUCGAGAUCCAAUCCUGCUUCUCAAGUCCAAAAUAAUCGACAACGGACUCCUCACUGAAGAAGAAAUUACCAAGAUGGACAAAGAUGCCAGAAAAGUAGUGGACAAAGCACAAGAGGUGGCCAGGACUGCACCCGAACCGGACUUGGAGGAGUGCUACACGCACGUGCUCACGUCACCUUACGAAGUGAGAGGGGCUGACCAGUCGAUUCUAGUUUCGCAACCUGCGUCUGGACACUAAACUCACAUGCCUGUAGUUAAUGAUAAAUUGUUGACAGUAUGAUAUUUGGGUGAACGAAUCUAACCAAAAUUUAUUAGCCGAAAUUCUUUCAUUUUGAAGUCGGAAAUCAAUGUUUCUUUUAUUUAAAAACAUUAUCAAAAGCCAAUCAGCGCGUCUCUGACUGAUUGAGAUGUUCACGGUCAACGAUAUUGCCAAUAAUAGGUCAUUAAUUUUUGCAGAUAACAUGACUAGCUUUUACUAUUGUUAUUAUUAUUGAUGAUCAAAUUGUGUAAAUAGCCCGACACCUAAUAGAGUGGUUCGACUUUGGGGCCAUUCGGCGAUGCUGAGCAUCGCAAGUCUAACAUUGAAUUUAUUGUCUAAAUUUAA